AUGGUGUUUUUUCAAGAAACCAAGAGAGAUGUUAUUAGCUCUGAUAUGGUGAGAUCCGUUUGGCCUUUUGAUAGAUUUGAGUUUUUGGAUGUUGGUGCAAUUGGCUUUGCUGGUGGUCUUUUGUGCGUUUGGAAUCCAGGAGUCUUCUCUUUUCAUAGUAGUUGCUGUUCUAGGAAUUUUAUUAAGAUGAAUUCUGAGUUUGAAGGCGUAUUAGUAAACCUCUAUGCUCCUAAUGAUGUUGUAAAGAGAAGGGACUUAUGGGAUUUGGUCAUCAGAAUCAAGCCAUUGUUUCCCAAACCUUGGUGCAUUGGGGGCGAUUUUAAUGAGAUUAGGUGUAUGAGUGAGAGGAUUGGUUGUUCCAGGAGAAAUGUGGGUAUGCAGGACUUUAAUGAGUUCAUUGACAAGCUUGAAGGGGUGGAGCUAUCAAUGUUAGGGAGAAGGUUCACUUGGAGCAAUUCCACUGAUAACGGUAAAUGGAGUCGCAUUGAUAGGUUCAUAUUAGACUUUGAUUGGCUUGCUGUUUUCAAUUUUAAAUGUUGGGGGCUGCCUAGGUCUGUGUCUAAUCAUUGUCCUAUUAUUAUGAAGGAAGAUAGUAGGGACUGGGGUCCUAAACCUUUCAGGUUUGGAUUGAAGCAAAGGUUGAUGGGUGGGCUGGUUUUAGACUGUCCAAAAAGUUGGAUUUUUUUAAAGAAGCAUCUUAUGGAGUGGAAUGUAUCCGUUUUUGGUAACCUUACAUCCCAACUGAAACUUGUUGAGGAGGAGUUCCAUCAGCUGGACCUACUAGCUGAGUCUAGAGAGUUGUUUGCAGCUGAGUUAUCCAGAAAAGCAGAGUUGAGGGAGCUAAUUUGGAAGUUAAGUAAGAGGGCAGAGUGGUUUUGGCUUCAGAAAUCCAGACAAAACUGGGCUCUCAGAGAUGAUAAAAAUACAAGGUAUUUCCAUUUGAUGGUUAAAUGUCGGCAGAACAUUAAUCUCAUUAACUCAGUGGUAGUAAAUGGAGUGGUGGUUGAUGAUCCACUAGUAGUUAAAAGCCAGGUCUGGAAUCAUUUUAAGAGUGCUUUUUCAGAAUCAUGGAAGUUGGCCUCUGGUCUUAUUUCUUCCUUCAUUGCUCUCAUCCCCAAGUCUGAGAACCCAAAUAGCCUCAAUGAUUAUAGACCAAUUAGUCUUAUUGGUUCCAUGUAUAAGAUUCGUGCCAAAGUGUUAUUUGGCAGGCUGAAACUUAUUAUUCCAUCUAUUAUUAGACCUUCCCAAUCAGCUUUUAUGGGGGGAGAUUCAUUCUUGAUGGGGUGCUUGUUGCAAAUGAGUUUUCAUUUCGGGCUUAAAUGGAGGAAUUGGAUCAAAAGCUGCUUUACCAAGGCUAGAAUUUCUGUUUUAGUUAAUGGAAGCCCUACAGAUGAGUUUGUUCCUGAAAGGGGUUUAAGGUAA